CACGCUGUUCAGCGCCAUAUUUAAGUUUUGUUUUCCAGGUGAAGUUUCGUUUCUGGCUGACAGACUGCAGAGUGACACAGUGAAGAUCAGCUGUCGCUCCCAAACACACUCAGACAACAUGUUUUCCUGGGGAGAGGACUGUCAGCGCGGGUUUUACGUGAAAGACGGCUCCGGUACCGACAGCACGACCACUGAUGAUGGAGUUCAUUUUUUAAACAUCAGCCAUCACAUCGCGGAUCUGUCGGCAGGUCGAAACGUGCUGGCUUUCGUUAAAAGUAAUGGAAACGCGUUUUUUAUCCACAUAAACGAGAGCAAGGAUGGCAGAAGAGUGAGAGGCAGGCAGAAGUUUGUGAAACACAAAGAGAAGAUAGAGGCUGUGAGUUGUGGCGAUGAUGUGGUCGCACUGCUGUCUGAGAGCGGCAAAGUCCUCUGUGUGGACACGAGACACCCAUCUUUCACUCCCAGGCCACUCGAAGCUUUUUCUAACAUACACGUUUCUCAAGUUGCUUGUGGGAGUCAGCACUCGGUUGCACUCACCAAAGAUGGUCAGCUGUAUACGUGGGGUCAGGACUGCAGGGGCCAGCUGGGUCUGGGUACGAGGAAGUCUGUCUGCAGAUCACCUCAGCAUGUCCCAUCACUGUCAGCGAUCCCCCUGAUCCAGGUCGCUGCAGGAGGAGACCAGAGUUUCGCCCUCUCUGUCUCUGGAGGUGUUUUCAGCUGGGGGAGUAAUGACUUUGGACAGCUCGGGCUGGGAGACACAAAAGACAGACACACACCAGCUCCUGUUCAGUGUUUGAAUAUGAAGAAAGCUCAGCGCAUUUCCUGUGGAAAGUACCACACGGCCAUUUUGACAAAGCAUGGCGCAGUGUUUACAUUUGGCUCCGGUCAACACGGACAGCUCGGCCACAACUCACUACGCAACGAACUGCGUCCUCGACUUGUUGCAGAGCUCUGGGGGGCAAAGGUCACCAAGAUUGCAUGUGGAAGGAAUCACACUUUAGCGCUGACAGAAUCCAAGCAGGUCUACUCCUUUGGUUGUGGGGAUCAAGGGCAGCUGGGACAUCGAGGGGAGAGUAAUCCAUCUGUGCCGCUGCUUGUUCGGCUGCCACAGGACACCGGUGAGCCCCAAAUCAGAAACAUCUUCGCCGAAGAUAACUGUUCAUUUGCAAGAUGCUUGUCUGAUGAGGGCAUUCACAAGGGUUCAAAGACUGACUGUGGCAUUGCAUCACAACACUGUCUUGAUGACAUGGUUGACAAAUGGAUCUCUGAAUGUGAUUCGAAGCCAUGGAAAAAGAAAAAACAGGAAGUCUACAGGGCAUUUUCCUCUGCAUCCUGUCUGAAUAAAAGCUUCCUUGAGCAAAGCAGAGAUAAACAUUUCCAAACUUCACCAAAGUACCACGGCUUAAACCUGAACCAUGCACAGCUUGCUUUCAAGAAACUGUUAACAAAGGAAAGUGCUCGGGCAAAGAUCGAGGCUGCUGUGCUACACCUGCUUCCUUCCCUUGAUCAGAAACCAGUUGGAGUGGAGGGGUUGAGAAUCUACCUUCUUCUCAAUGAGCUGCUGCAUGCAAUCCAGAAACAAACAUGGCAACAGAGCACAGAGCUCGCUGAGGCGGUAGCUGGUGCAGUAGCAAGGUUGUCGAAUGAAAGUCUUAAGAUCAUAGGUGACUGGUGGUCCUCGCUGUCACCCUCCACCAUGGUUCGACACGUUAAGGUGUGGAAGCAGGCCCUAUCAGAGAUCCUGUCCUUUAAACCUGUACCUCGCAACUCUGGAGUCAGAAAUCUGCUGCUAGUCCUCCAAUAUAUGUACAAUGCCAACAGCAGGGUUGCAGAGUCUCGAAGGAUACCAGAAAGUGAUUUUUGUGUGUCAGCUGAUGACGCAUUCCUUUUUGAGGAUUUGCAACAUUGGCAUUUACAGUCACAACAAAAGUAUGCAAAUGCUGAGCCGCUCAUCCUGUGCAAGUUCCCAAUCGUGAUGGAUCUGCAAUCAAAGAAAACAGUGUUCGACAUGAAUUCUGAAUGCACUCAGAGACAGCACCAGAUGGCCAUUGGUUUUCCUGAUAAAUUGAAUCCUCUGUCAAAUCCAAAUUUUUUUGAACUGCGGCUGCAGCGUGCGUCACUUUUCGAAGGCACCUUCAGAGAGCUGGAAGCUGCUCCUCACAGCGCCUGCAAGAAGCCACUUGUGGUCUAUUUUGAUGAGGACCCAAACAUCAAAGAUGUCUACAAACGAGACCUUUUUCACCACCUGUUUCGUAAAAUGGUGUCAGAAGAAUCUGGGAUGUUCAUGCUCAAUGACUCCAAAACCCUGGCAUGGUUUCCCUCCAAUGCAACAGAGGAGAGCAAGAGAAACUUCUUCCUGUUUGGACUACUGUGUGGCUUGGCCUUGUACAACCAGUGUAUCAUACACUUACAGUUCCCACUGGUUCUGUUCAAGAAGCUACUCAAUUUAGAGCCGACACUGGAGGAUAUGAUGGAGUUCAGCCCGACUGUUGGACGGACUCUGCAGACCAUCUUAAACUAUGAAGAUGAUGUUCUGGAUAACCUCUACAUGGACUUUUGGAUAAACUGGGAUGGGAUAGAUGUUGACCUGGAUCCUCAAACUCCUGGAAAGCCACUGACAAGUCAAAAUAAGAAGGAGUUUGUGGAGGCCUAUGUGAAUCAUGCCUUCAACACAUCAGUGGAGAGUGUGUUCCAGGAGUUCAAGCGAGGCUUCUUCCUGGUGUGUGACCAGGAUUUGGUGAGGCUGUUUCGACCAGAGGAGCUGCAGGGAGUGCUGGUCGGCCAGGACGUGUAUGACUGGGAAAAGUUUAAACAGAACACAGUUUAUGAGUUGGAGCAUGUUCGCCAUUCCACCAUAAAGAUGUUUUGGGAGGUGUUUGACGAACUAACUGAAGAGCAGAGGAAAGAUUUCCUUCGGUUCCUGACUGGUUAUAGACGAGCUCCGAUUCUUGGCAUGGACCAGGUCCACAUGAAGGUUCGCGUUAAGCAAAUUCAGAGCGGCACCUGUGAUCAGCACUUCCCUGAGGCCCUGACAUGUCACUCUAUUCUGUAUCUGCCUUUUUACUCAACUAAGGAGAUCAUGCGAGACAGACUGACAGAGGCCCUGCUAGCAGAUACAGAAUUCAUACUGUGAUGGUGGAUCAUAUGCAGCUCUAAAGGACUGUGUCUGUGCUGAGGAGGAGGGAUGGGUUUUAUUUUUACUCUUGGAACUCAUCUUUUUUUUUCCUGUAGUACCUCAGGAUAAUUAACACUGUGUACUACACUAAUAUAUCACUAUAGCAAAUGCACAACUUGACUUUGUAAGAGUUAUCUUUUUAAAAAAAAUUUAACAUUCCUACAUAAGACAGCUGUUUAACAGCAUCAGCAUCAUAAGGCACUUUAGAAUUAUCUGACUUUUCUUAAUAUGUCAUAAUUUAUCCAAUAAUUUAAAUUAUUCCUAUGAAUCAAAUCUAAUUUUUAUGCUCAGACAAAGAUAAACAGAAUAAUUUAUUACUUGUUAUAAACAUCUGACUAUAUGUAAUACAAUCCAAAGUAUCACUUCUGUAUUAUUUAUCACUCUAUUCUUUGUGUUUUACUUAAUUCUAGCGGGGUUGAAUUAUUACCAGUUAUAAAUAUUUAACAUAUGUAACAUUGGUUAUGUGUUUGAACAAUAAAAAUGUGUAUUUUACACUAAACAUUGCUUACCUAGUGUCAAUAAAUCACUGAACACUGCA